GCUAAUCUGGCCACUGCUGUGCAACCGCGAUCGUAGUGCGUGAGCUUGCCGACUUGUUUUCCGGCGUAAAUAAUUCGUUCUCGUUGUCACUUCUCUGUACCGUUGUGCAGCGGCCCCCAAAACCGUGCUUUCUUGUUCAACUGGAAUAUGUAGUACAGCCUUGGCGAGAACAACUCGUCUCGAUGCGUCAGUGACAUGGGCAACACCAACGCGACACAGUUGUCACAGACUCCUCUUGGAACAGCUGGUGCAACAUCCUUCAGCAGUGGCCAGCCAAUGGGCUUUCACGAAGUGCACGGCGAGAACGUGCGCCUGGAGCAAGGUGGCAAAGUGGCACGCCGAGCUGAGAGCUUCUGCAAGGCCAUCGUCUUCAGCUCCCGGCCCGUGCAGGUUAACGAGAGAGUGGUAUUGCGCAUCACGGAGCUCUCCAAUGGUUGGAGCGGGGCACUCAGGCUCGGCUUCACAUCCCAUGACCCUGUCACCCUACAGGGAACCCUACCAAAAUAUGCUUGCCCGGAUUUGACCAACAGGCCAGGUAACUGGGCCAAGGCGUUAGGUGAAAGGUAUGCCCUGGAGAACACUUUGCUGCAUUACUAUGUGAACAACGCUGGUGAAGUGUUCUUCGGCAUCAAUGGUGAGGAGAAGGGGCUUUUCCUGAAUGGCGUUGACGUCAGAGGGCCUCUAUGGGCACUGAUCGACAUCUAUGGAAACACUACAGCCAUCAAGAUGGUCGAGGACGAGCAGUUAUUGAACAACCGAAAUGAAAUGAUUCGAAAUGUCACCCUCAACACUGGCGGUGUGGAGGACCUGAUUCGACAAAUGGAGGAAUUUGGUGCUGCGAGGGAGACAACAGGGCUGGCUCCAGUGAUUGCUGAGGCGUCAGGAUCGGAGUCGCUUGAUGGCACGCCGUUGCAGUCUCCACCUCACCGCCGUCCCACGACCAUGCACGCCCCUAUCGGCACGAGCUGGCAGCGUCUGAUGUUUCACAGUGUGCUGGGCCCAAACACUAGGCUAGAUCCGAUGGACAAACUAGUGGCGGAACGUUGUGACAUCGGAGAACAGCGCGCGUUCGUGUUCGCAUCGCGCACGCUCUGUCCGAACGAACGGCUCACGGUUAAGGUGACAGGCAUGGAUCAGCUGCUAUCUGGUUCUCUGGCCUUCGGCCUGACGACGUGCAAUCCGGCAUCUCUCGCACACACUGCCCCUGAACUCCCCGCCGACCUGGAUGCACUUCUGGACCGGCCAGAGUACUGGGUCUUCCAGAAAGACAUUCCCUGCUUACUCAACGACGAACUCACCUUUGUCACUGGGGAUGACGGAAGGGUUCAGUACUCGCAAAACAACGGACCGUUCAAAACAAUAAUGUACGUGGACGGCACACAACAGUUCUAUCCGUUUUUCGACAUUGCCGGCCGGGUAACAAGGAUCAGGCUUGUUGGGAGCAAGCGAGGAUCACCUGUAACUGAGAUAGAGCAAAGCCCGGAGCAGCCCACCAUCGAGAAGAGCACCACAAAAGCACCAAAAAAACCAGUUGGGAGUUCGAAAAAUUGGACAUUGACUGUACUGAAGGAAUCUGACGAUGACUGCCGAAUAUGCUUCGAGAAGUCAAUCGACAGCGUGCUUGUGAAGUGUGGCCACUCGCUCACUUGCCACGACUGUGGCCUGAAGCUCCUGAGGGAAGCUCCUCAGUGCCCCGUCUGUCGACAGCACAUACAAGAAGUCAUCCGCAUCUACAAAGCCUAAGCUAGCCAGUGAUAGUCGCCUGACUGCCUGCGUAUCACUUGGCCAACUGUGAACUGAGGCGUGGGGGUGUAGCGUGCGAAGCAAAUGUGCCGUUUUAGCAGCAUAUGGUCAAUGAAUUAACUCUGGCUCACGGGAAACAGAAACCGAGCGAAAAGAAGAAGCCCAGGAGAUUCCUGCGCAAGUUCUUCACGAGUAGAUCACAGCGUUGGGCCCAUCUGAUGCCUGGAUAUUUGUACCGUUAACGAAAUUUUCAACCUUCUGAACCAUGGUUCUGUCGCGCAUCUAUAAUAGUCGUCCGUGGGUGCCAUUAUUUCCGAGCACUGCAUGCUUGCGGCGCGGCAGCUUUUAGUGUUACCAACACAAAUGUUUAGCUGCGCUGCUCAUUACCUAUGGAAACUACAGUGUAUAAUUAGAAUUUCUGCUGAGAGACAGGAGGUAUGCUCCUGAAUGAAGCAGGGAAAAUUUUUUAGUCUUCGUACCUCGUGUAAAAACAACAAACUUGUGUUGCGUAUGUUUACAGUGGCAGAAAAUUUUUAUGCAACGCUGUCAAUUUCAAAACAAAUACCUCCAAAGAACGUCCUCCUGCUCCACGUGUCUAGUUUCGCACUGGGGUCCUUGCGAAUAAAAAUACAAAAGCGUACUGAUGCGUAAAAUCUACCUUUAUAUGCAUUCUCAGUUGUGGGCACUUGUUACGAUGACUCGGUGCCUCGAAUAUAAACAGGUGCAAGUUCUUAACUGGGUGUGUCAGCUUGUCUUCUAAAUGUCUAAAGUUUAUCGCGCCAUGUCUUCAUGACCUUUAGGGCUUUCUACCGUCUACUGCAAUUUUUGCUGAUGUUGGAUGCUUAAAUUGUCACCAUUGUUGUUUGGAGUUGCUUAUUAAGAUGUUGCGUUUAAGUUAGUAUUACAUUCUUUGAUGUAAUUUCUCUGCAAUAAGUUGCUGUGCUCGUUUAUUUACUCUUAGUACUGCUGCAAUGCUACUAUAUGAGCCAGCACGAAGGCCCAUUAGUAGAGAUACAAUAUAUUAAUGGUAAAAAGUGUAAUUUGUCUGACAUAUAACAAUUGUUUUUUUGUCUUGAAUGGAUGUACAAAACUCUACAAAAUGCUGCAAAAAAUUUGCAUGAAAAAGUGUCAUUUGUUUGGUAGCUUAAUGUUUACUAAUCAGAAGCUCAUUAUAAUUUAAUUGAUGCAGACUACAAACUUCUGCGAUGAUAGAGCUUUGUCCUGUACUGUCUUAUCACUGGCGUAUGAUGCCCCCUCUCCCUUUUUCCCCCUUUCAGUGCAUAACAAUAUGUUUACGUACGUCUGAACAGCAUGCUUUAUUCAAUAAAUUUGAUUGCAUUGAUUCUUAACGUAUUAGUGCUUCUCACUAGAAGCAAAAGCUACAUUUGGUAUAACUUAUAGCUGAUAUUGGUAUUGUUGUAUCACUACCAUACCUACUGCCUGACUAAGCACUUUGCUCUGUCUAGAUAUUGUAUGCAGUAAAUAAGAGAUAAAAGUUUAUCUUUUUAUAGUUUUGUUGUUUUCUUGGUUUAAAUUUAGCUUGCAUCAUAUCUGGGGUCUUUCUUCUUUCUUUUUAAAGACUACCAUGCAUUUUUUAUAAAUAAGAGAUUCACCGAUUAAAUGUAACAGAUUUUCUGUACCAAGGCAGUCCAAAUCAUUUAAAUUUCACGACAUUGCCCUGGCAUACCUCAAGGAAAUUUUUAGUGCAAUAUUCAAGAGCAAGGCUUUCCUUUAUUUGGUUGAGAAGUAACCUCCUCUUUUGCCGAAUGAAUCAGAACAAGGUUUUUAAAAGAAUACCAUGCUAGCACUGUAAGGUGAUCAUGGUUGCCUCUUAGUCCUCUCUGACACUGUCCAAAUUGCAUUGCCUCCGAGAUUUUGCAAUGCGGUGAACCAGUCUCGGUGGCUAUGCCAGUAAUGAAGCUGAGCGUGAUGAUUGGUGGAGUAGUAAAUAACACCGCUCCACGUUAGACAGCAGUUCAGCUUUGAAAGCAGUCAGAGCCACAGAAAGGAGCAGACUGUUAUUGAAGGCUUGACUGGUAAUAAAUAUUCUUUUCAGUAAUUUUCCUUGUACUAAGUGCAUUGGCAAGAGUUUAAGUUGUAAGGGAUUCAUUAGGUCACGCAAGCAACUUUAUAGUAGACACAUUCCAUGCUCCACUGAAGCUGUUGUAGGGCCUUUAGGAAUCUGAAUGUACUCUUUUUACAUCACUGCUUCAGCUGAAGAAAAAAUAAAAGCAACUUAGAUAUCUUGGCUUGUAACUUUCUGUAUAAUUUAGUUUUGUGGUAUAUAUACAAUCACACUCAAGUUUCUGAAGUACUAUACUCUUUUUGUUUAUGCAGACCAAAAGAGUGUAUUCAUCUUUGGCUCUGUUUGACAUAAUGCGACGUGAAAGCUGUGGGAAGACUUGUAAAAAGUAUAUCGCUAUUUACUGCGUGUUCCUGCAAUGUUCAAAGUCUUUCUUUUUACCAUUUGCCCCACUUUUUUAGGAAUGUUUACUUAUUUUAUCAGCUUUUGCAAUUUCAUUCGUUACGAGGGGGGGUGUAGGCGUGUUUCCUUCAUUAUCAAGGUUUUACCUCAGUCUGUCGCGGAUAUCGCUGUUUACUGCGUGUUCCUGCAAUGUUCAAAGUCUUUCUUUUUUUCGUCUUGUUCCCGUUCCACUCUUGUAUUAUCUGUGUGAUAUGUUCCUACUUUAUGUCCAUAGUUUGGCUUUUUGUUUGUCUGCGAAUUUAUGUUGCAAGAUUUCUCCUGCUUUUUUUAGCAGCAUAUCACGAUCAAAUUAGGUAAUAAAGUACAUCAAACGUUUGGGGGCAAUUGCCAGGUGAGCAUAAGCUGCGUAUGAUACAUGCAGGUUGUGAAAAAGCUCUGCAACUCUGAAUUUCAAGCCAGGUGCUCUAGCGUUGAGGCAAUUGCACUUUUCUCAAACACUAAAUACGAUCAACUGUUUAUUUUUUGUCCUGCUCAUGUGGAAUAUUUAAGCUUCAAAGAAGUAACUGCAUAAAUUUCUAAUAUCCCUCGAAUACCUCAACUCUGUGCUGAUGCCAAUUGUUUGAAAAGCACUUGAAGAAGACAACAUUGUGUGUGACAUUUCUUCUUUAAAAAAUGGUGGUUUAGGUUUGGAACUCCAAGUUCAACUCUCUGGAUACUCGCUGCGAUGACUUCAUUGGGCUCAUGUCCAAGGUUCAGUUGAGAAGUACUCGUUCAACAUUCGUCACUCUGUCUCUAGCGGCAAGCCAUUUCUCUUGACUUUCCUUUGAAAAACAGCUGUCUUUGCUUUGUGCAAAGAGUGCAUUGCUAAGCUUACGUUUCGGAAACUAGAAGAAAUGUAGCUUUAUGCUCCUUUCAUGAGCAUACUCAUUACAGACUGACUAUUCUGGAGUAAAGGUUUGCAUAUUUGUAGAAACAGAACCCUUGUUUUUGAGCGCAUGCUUUGCAGGACUUUGUGGGUCUUCUUUUAUAGACACCAGGUGUUAGCCUGUGCCACAUGUUACUGCUUUUGAAACGGCCUGGCUUCCUGCACAUUGAAUGGCUUUAUGCACUUGCCUUGUGCUAAACUUUCGCAUAACAGCGAUCUUCAGGUACCCAUACAGAGGCUUCUGAUAGCACUUUAGCCGUUGUCACUCUCGUCACAAAAUGCUCAUGCUGGUCAAAAGGAGUGAAACAUUGAAGCAGUCAUUGCUUAAUGUUUGAGUAAAAGCGUUAUGCAAGAAGCAAAUGUUCAGUUGUCACUGCUCGAGUGCAGGCAGGAUGUGCAAGACUCAAUCUUUUUUUUUUUAUUGACUACAAAUUACCUCCUUUUUUCAUUAUGAUAAGGGUGGUAGACAAAGGGCUUGUGAGUUUCUAAAUGAUCUUAGCUUUGUCAAGUCUGAGAAAAGUUGUG